CACCAUGUGAUGCUGAAGGGAGGUGUUAAUGUUUAGUUUCAGCAGGGAGGAGUGGGCUGCUUCACUCCAGCAGGUGACCGACCACAGACCUGCAGCCGCUUCACCUGGACAGAAACAAGACUCUGGAAGAUGCAUAAACAGUAUACGUCCGUGAGUCCCGCUGAUGAACUCAGUGUGAAGACUGAAAACGGGCCUCAGCCAAAGAAACACCGCUACGUCCGUAAAGAAGGCAACUGUAACGUUGUUUUCCGCCACGUCCCCGAGGAAUGGCUUCUGUUUGUGACCGACAUCUUCACCACCCUGGUGGAGAUCCGGUGGAGGGUGAUGUUCCUGAUCUUUGCCUUGUCCUACAUCCUGUCCUGGCUCUUCUUCGGUGUCCUCUUCUGGGUCAUCGCUCUCGCUAACGGAGAUGUCAGAGAUCACACCAACGAUCCUUGUGUCUAUGAGGUGCGCAGCUUCACGGCGGCUUUCCUCUUCUCGCUCGAAACUCAAACCACGAUCGGCUACGGUUUCAGAGGAAUGUCGGAGAACUGCAUGAUCGCCAUCAUCAUCGUCACCAUACAGGACGUCAUCAGCUGUUUCAUCGACACCUUCGUCAUUGGAAUCGUUGUCGCUAAAAUGGCUUCGGCAAGAAAGAGGGCACAGACGGUGGGCUUCAGCAACUGUGCCGUCAUCAACCUUCACAAUGGUUACCUUUGCCUCUCCUGGAGGGUCGGGGAUUUCCGCCGGAACCAUCUGGUGGAGGGGUCGGCUCGCGCUCAGAUAGUCUGCUCUACAAUGCACGCCACCGGGAAGGUCGACGUAACCUAUGAGGACCUGGUCAUCCAGCAGAGGGACUUGGUCCUGGUCACGCCGACCACCAUCUUCCACCGGAUAGAGCCCAGCAGCCCGCUGUACAAGAUGAGUCUGGUGGAUCUGAGGAAAGCCGACUUCGAGCUGGUGGUGUCGUUCACCUACACGGACGACCAAACCGGAAUGCUGCACCAGACCAGAACCUCGUACACUCCAGCUGAGAUCCUGUGGGGUCAGCUGUUCCAGGAGAUGAUCCGGGUCACCAGGAGGAACUACCGAGUAGAUUACACCAUGUUUCAUCACACUGCCAAGGUUCUGGUUCCUGAGGUCAGCGCUGAGGAGUACGAGCUCAAGAAGCAGCUGCGGCCAUCGCCUCGACACUCGCCUCGACUUUCACCCAGAUGUUCCCCGCGGCCUUCUCCACACACACAGCAGCAACACCAUGAGGAAAACCUCCUGAAGCCUCCAACGGUGAUGGUGGAACAUGUGAGCGACGGCCGCCUCAGGCCAACUGUUUCAACAUCUCAAGCAGACAGUCGAGAUGCUUUGACUUUACCGAAUGACCUCUCAAGGGCAGAAAUGUAAAAGCAGAGCUGUGAGAUUUGAGGUUCUUCAGAGAUCCUUCAGAGAUCUUUGCUAAAGAGAAACAUCAAGAACUGAAUGUCAUUUACUGAAAGAGUGAUGAAAGUUUCGAGAUUGUUACUGUGAUUUGAUACUCGACCAAAAUGUCUUUUUGGGCUCCUAAGACUCAACCUUUGCAGGCUAGAAAGAAGAACUCAGUUGUUCCUGUUAAAGUUACUGAAGUUGUGGGUUUCAAAACAAAACAUUACAGAAUUUUUGGGGGGUUUUUUGCAUGAAGGUUUUUAAUUUACACCUAAAAAUCACGACACAGUCUACUGUGCUGAAGGGUAUAGGAUCUAUACAUAUAUAAAUAUACAUAGAUUUAUAAAUAUAUAUACGAUGACAACAACUCUGCAGAUGAAGAUGAACCUGAUGCGGACAAAAUUAAUUAUUUUACAGCAGAACCAGAGUCUUCAGUUUGUUCAGAGUCAGAACCUUCAGCUGUUAAAUGCAAAAUAAAACUGACAAUGCCUCGUCUGUCCAUCAACAUUCAACCACGAAACAGCAGUGAGGUGUAGGUUUGUGCAAUGAACACAACACGUAACUGAUCGGUAACUACCGUUGACUGGUAUGGGUUUGGCAGAUGUCACUCUAGGAAAAAUUACAGCAGCUCUGUGCAUCGUUUUUCAAUUUGCAAUCCUAUGUUUGUGUGGUUGUUAAUGUUAAUACACUGAAAGAAGAUGUGAGGUUGUUUGGGUCAAAAUAAUCACGUUUUUAUUUCAAGUUUUAAGUCAAGAAAAACGAAAAGUCUGUAAAAAGAGAGAUUUAAACAUCUAGAGUUCCUUUAACAAGUGUAUCUGCAAUAUGUGACACACUGCAAAACAAUUGGUGGACUAAAUAUUUUAUCUUUUCUGCUACAUUACUUUGACUCCAUGGGUCGGAUUUUUAUGUAAAGUUUAACGUCUAGCCACUGCUGAUAGUAAAUAAACGUCCCAUAUUAUGAGUCAAUUCGGCGUAGUUUAUAAGACACACAUGGAAUUUUUUGUCUUUAUGUUUGUGGUGGUGGACUCUCUUGUUUCAAAAACCAGUUUAACACAACAUCUCACACACAAAUGACAGAUUCUGGAGGAGGUAUGUUUGAUUUCUUUGUGAAAGAUUUUACAUUUUGAGGAUCUGGUGGCACAUAGAGACCAACAGUUUUUUUUUUAAAAUAUGAAAUAAAGUACUGCUUUUAAGUGACUAUCAGUGUCAAGGAUUUAAAUAAAGUGAUGUUUAAAUGUG